AGUCUCAGUCAUUGCCAAUCAAAUCAGACUCGCUGUACUCUGCAAUCCAAUCUCAAUGCAGAGGAAGAAGAAGAAGACGCAAAUCUCUAACCAAAUUUAACGGCAAUUCCCUCCUCCCUCCUCCUCAGAUCUUCCCCUCCCUCUCUCUCUCUCUCUCUCUCUGUUUCCGCGGUUUCUCUCUUCCAAUCAAGAAUAUCCGACAUUUUUAGCAGAAAUCAAGAAAAUGGGUUCUUUGCCCACAUUCUCCAUAGACCUCCCGUCCGCCGAUCCCAAGCCCGCCACCGAAUCCGUCGACGCGGCCACUCUUCUCAACCUCUUCAAAGCUCAGCAGGGUCACCUCAACUACUUCUUCAAGCACCUCGACCUCUCCCAAACCCUGGCCUUCACCCAGGCCCUCCUCCGCUUCUCCUCUCUCGGCGGCACCAUCUUCUUCUCCGGCGUCGGCAAGUCCGGCUUCGUCGCCCACAAGAUCUCCCAGACCCUCGUCUCCCUCGGCACCCGCUCCGCCUUCCUCUCCCCAGUCGACGCCCUCCACGGCGACAUCGGCAUCCUCACCUCACGCGACGUCCUCGUCCUUUUCAGCAAGUCCGGCAACACCGAGGAGCUCCUCCGCCUCGUUCCCUGCGCCCGCGCCAAGGGCGCCUUCCUCAUCUCCGUCACCUCCGCCGAGGACAGCCUCCUCAAGGGCUGCUGCGACAUGAACGUGUGGCUCCCCCUCGAGCGGGAGCUCUGUCCCUUCGAUCUGGCCCCCGUCACCUCCACCGCCAUCCAGAUGGUGUUCGGGGACACGGUGGCCAUCGCUCUGAUGGGAGCGAAGAAUCUGUCGAAGGAGGCUUACGCUGCCAAUCACCCCGCAGGGAGGAUCGGGAAGAGCCUCAUCUUCAAGGUAAAGGACAUCAUGAAGAAGCAAGAUGAACUCCCUGUGUGCAGGGAAGGGGACCUGAUAAUGGACCAGCUGGUGGAACUUACGAGUAAAGGGUGUGGAUGCCUGCUUGUAAUCGAUGAGGCCUACCAUUUGAUUGGAACUUUCACUGAUGGUGAUCUUCGGCGUACCCUUAAGGCCAGUGGAGAGGGCAUCUUCAAACUUACGGUCGGGGAAAUGUGCAACAGGAACCCAAGGACCACGAGCCCAGACACGAUGGCAGUGGAAGCGAUGAAGAAGAUGGAAUCCCCACCAUCACCCGUACAGUUUUUACCUGUCAUUGAUCACAAUAAUGUCUUGAUUGGCAUCGUCACAUUGCACGGGCUAGUCUCGGCGGGGCUCUAAUUUCAUUGAACUUAUUCUUUCCCAUUCCUUUACGCCUUUCUAUUUAUCAUGAGAAGUCAAUUGUUUCUUCAUAUAUUCGAUUCAGUUUUUGCAGUAGCUUGUCAAAAGUGCAAAUUCAAUGCAAGCGGUAUUCCAGUCUAAAAUAGCUGAAGAUAGUAAUAGUCAUCGGUCAUAUGUUUAAGUUGCAUCAGCAUUGUAUUAUUUCAUUACAUUGUCAUGUAGUAGCAGUUCUGCCAGGAAAGUUACGAGUGCUGCAAAAUUUGGUUUACUGCUAAUAUAUUGUAGCUCUCAUUUAUAAUUACGGGUUUAACUUAUUUGUAUGUUUCAAUUCCAUCCUCUGUAGGAUUAGAAGAAUUUCUCUGCGGCCAUGUUUUUUCCUCUGAUCAAGUUUCCUUCUUUGUUGGUUUGCUGGGCAAUUCUUUAUGUUUCAGCUCGAUAAGCGAUUUUUACAUUUUUACUGUUCAAUUGUGCUGAUGAAUACUCUACAUGGAUAGUCGAUGUACAGUGUACAGGAUGCUUGCACAGCUCCCUAAAUUUUGGAAGUGAUUGCAUUUCAUCCCACCCUCGUUCAAAUGUAACAGUCAUUGCUUGUAAAAGUUUGGAGCCGAACUAUUCCAAUCUAUUGCUGUAAGAAAAUGUGGGAGCUACUUCCAGGUCGGUCCAUGCGCUGCCAAGCUAAGCCGGGCAAUGUAGUCAGCCUCCCCGUGGAUGAGUAAACUGUCUUUCUUCCAGCAGGCUGUCUUCGGUCCAAGCCGGCCUCCUUUGUCUCCUGUGUUUCCUCCUCGGAUUGGAUGGUUUGCUGCUUCCUCUCCGUCCUGAGUCCUCCAUCUAAAGGUGGUGGUUGCUCUAGCAAACUAUCAUUAAGGCAGAAGAUCAGCCCAGCUCAGUUCGGUCCAUUGAAGCCGGUGCCCUUGUUGCCCCGGUCUAUGUCCAGCCAGUACUAAAUUCCAGAACCAUGGUUGCACCAAAUAAAUGAAACAAAUAAAUAAAGGCAGCUCUAAUGGUACCCGGUAGAGAUUUUCGGGUAAAAUUUGUCCUGAUUAUGUGGAUCAAUAAAAAUGUCGAGUCGCGUGUUUUUUUGGAUUGUGUAA